CGGUGACCCUAUGCUCCAUAUACGAGUACAUAUUUCUGCUUCAUGGCCGCAACGGUCUGCUGAGCUGGCGGUCCUUCAUCAGCUUCGGUGUGAUAUCAGCAUAUCUGCGUCCAUUCCUUUACAAAGUGCAGUGCAUCUUGUCGUGGUUGUCUUUCUGUCACUCUUUCAUCAACUGAACCAUAGCGAACAUGCAUUCAUCAACACUCUUUACCCUUGCAGGGCUCGUCUCCCUCAGCACAGCUGGUUAUGUGCUCGAAGAUGACUACAGCGGCGAUUCAUUCUUCUCGAUGUUUGAUUUCUUCACCGGUACAGACCCCACGAACGGCUACGUGAACUAUGUCGACCAGAGCACCGCCCAGAGUGAUGGCUUGAUCAGCACCAACGGUUCGGCGAUAUACAUGGGUGUCGACCAUACCAACGUGGCCUCGGGUUCAGGCCGGUCGAGCGUCCGUCUCACCAGCACAAAAUCCUACACCCACGCCCUCAUCCUACUCGAUCUCGAACACAUGCCUGGCGGUGUCUGCGGGACAUGGCCUGCCUUUUGGACGGUCGGACCCAACUGGCCUAACUCAGGAGAGAUCGACAUAAUUGAAGGCGUAAAUUCACAGGUCGGAGACUCAAUGGCCCUGCAUACAGGGUCUGGCUGCAGCAUCACCAAUAACGGAGAUUUCUCCGGCUCCAUAACUACUCCCAACUGCAACGUCGAUGCCUCCGGCCAGGCAACCAACGCAGGCUGUCAGGUCCUGACGUCCGCCGCCGACACCUACGGCACCGGCUUCAACAACGGCGAAGGUGGCGUCUAUGCGACCGAGUGGACCAGCUCAGCCAUCACCAUCUGGUUCUUCCCUCGCUCUUCCAUCCCCUCGGACAUCUCAUCCGGCAGUCCCGAUCCGAGCGGCUGGGGAACUCCCCUGUCCCAGUUCCAAGGCGGCUGCGACAUCGACGACUUCUUCGAGGACCAUCAGAUCGUCUUCGACACCACCUUCUGCGGCGACUGGGCCGGCAACGUCUGGACCACAGACGCCACGUGCAGCAGCAAGGCAUCGACGUGCCAGGACUUUGUGCAGAACAAUCCCUCGGCCUUUGUCGAUGCAUACUGGUCCGUCAACUCGCUCAAGGUCUAUCAAUCCAAUGGCGCAAGCAACACCACAUCAUCGGCCAGUCCCCAAUCUUCUUCGGCGGCAGCUACCGCCACCGUCCCCGUCAGCAGCGGUAGCAGCAGCGCCUGGAGUUUCGGUGUAUCCUCAGCAGCCACGGCCAGCGCCGUGCCUACAUCAGGCUUCAGCCGCGGCGGCAACGGCCGCAAGACCAAGACAUUCGGCACAGCCAAAGAUGUGGUCGCCACAGUGACCUCCGCGGUCGAGGCGGCUGUAUCUGAUGUAGUCGCCACCGCGACCUCUGCGGUCAACGCAGCCGUAUCAGAGGGCCUCGUCGCCGAAGCCACCGUCACUGCCACCGCCACGGUCAGCGUAACAGGCACGGGCACUGACUCUUCCGUCGCGGAAACUACACCCUCCACCACCGUCGUGGCCGAGACAGACGACAGCAGUGACGAUGUGAGCACGCACUACGUCACCGUCACGGCCUUGACGUACGAGGAAGUCACCAACGACGAGAAGAAGCGCGCCCCUGCGACCCAAGACUUGGAUAAAGUCAAGAGACAAAUGCAGUCGCAUAGACACUUGCGGAGACACCUGUUCAGGCACCGCGGAUCCAUGGAAGAAUGAUCCUUUGCACGACAUCGCUUGUACAAACCAUGAAGCCUUACGCAGUACUUGUUACAGACAUUCGUCCCAGAACGUGCAGCAAGACUCGUCGGUCACGCUUCGCGCACGCGGGUUGAGGUGAGACGGCGCUGGAUCGUCGUCCAUGUCGACAUCAUCCCAUCGGCGUAAGCUGAUCGUGACCCUUGCUGCUGGAUGUUUGAAAGUGCAAUUUCAUCGGGAUAACAAAGGGCCACGGCAAAAGGGUGCUGAACGUCACGACCGGAACGAAGAUUAUGAAUCGCAUUUUACACCCGCCAGGGAUUUUGUUACUAGCGAAAAUGAUGAAUUUAUGGUUUUGGAAAUACGAUUUUUAGCAUGAGAAUUGAAAAUGAAUGCAUACCUCCUACUCU